AUGGACGUGCACCUCCUUGUAUACGACUUGUCUCGCGGCUUAGCCCGCCAGAUGUCCAUGGGACUCCUGGGAUUCCAGCUCGAUGCCAUCUAUCACACCUCUAUCGAGCUCCAGGGCCGUGAAUAUGUCUACGACGGAGGCAUCAUCUCCAUCGUCCCGGGCUCCUCGCACCUGGGCCAGCCUUUGGAGAGGCUCCACCUCGGCAAGACAAACCUCCCCAUGGACGUGAUUGGGGACUAUCUAGAGUCAAUACGAUCGAUUUUCACGAUAGAGGCAUACGAUCUGUUCCGUCACAACUGCAACAACUUCACAGAUGCAUUCUCAAACUUCCUCCUCGGCAAGGGUAUCCCAAGCCGCAUCGCACAAAUGCCACAGGCAGUCCUUGACUCGCCAUUUGGGCGCAUGCUCAUGCCUCAGCUUACCCAAGGCGUCAAUGCCAGUAGACAAACCGGCUCCAUCCUGGGACUGCAGCAGAGUUCCCAACCCAUGGCACCCGCCAAGGCCGCCUCAUCUGUCAAGAAUGUGACUGGCCAGUCGGAGCUAUCAACCCUCUUGGAUCAAGCGAAGAUGUCCUGUGCGGUUGUCUACUUUACUUCUGCGACUUGUGCCCCGUGCAAGAUGCUGUAUCCCUUGUACGAUCAGCUAGCCGAGGAAUUUGCCGGCAAAGCAACCUUGAUCAAGAUUGACAUUGCGCAACCACAGACCAGCUUGGUUGCCAGUCAAUACUCGAUCAGCGCAACACCCACAUUCGUUACUUUCCUCAAGGGCGAGCAGGAGAAUAGAUGGUCUGGUGCUGACCAGGCUGCUCUCCGGGGGAAUGUCCAGCUGCUGGUACAGAUGGCACAUCCCAGCCACCCCCAUGAGAAGCUGCGGCUUCCCACAUUUGCCAACCCCAAUUCGAAGCCUGUAUUAUUUGGAAAAGUGCCGCCGAUGCAGAAACUGAUGGCUAAGAUGGGGGCGGAGAUUUCGAGCAGGCCCGAGGUUCAGCACCUGAGAAGAUUCAUCGAAGACCGCACCAAGGGCGAGGCUCUGGAUGCGGUGCUGCCAAACAUGGGACACAUGGCUAGUUUCCUUCAGGAGUUAGUUGUCAAGCUGCCUAUCGACACACUGUUUACCGUUGUUGAUCUCUUCCGGUGUGCUCUUCUGGACCCUCGAGUCAGUGGGUAUUUUGCCGAAGAGACGGCACACAGGACAGUUGUGAGCAUCCUCAAUGCCGUCAACGAACAGAGCGAGUGCCCAUACGCCCUGCGUCUUGUCACUUUGCAGAUGGCAUGCAAUUUCUUCUCCACCCCCUUGUUCCCAGACGAAAUCUUGCGGAACGAGCACCUUCGGGCACCAAUCACCCGAUUGAUAUCAACCAGCUUCCUCGACGAUGGCCACAGCAAUACUCGGGUGGCGGCCUCGUCUCUUUUAUUCAACAUCGCCCUGACGGACCGUAGAUCAAGACUGGGGGAGGCUAAACCAAGUCUACCAGAUGAGGAUCUUAUCGAGCUUGCGGCAUCUGUCGUAGAGGCAAUCGCUCAGGAAGAGACAUCAGCGGAAGCUCUUCAGGGCAUGCUCUCUGCGUUAGGUCACCUGGUCUACUUUACAAAUCUUCAAGGAGAGCUGGCUGAUCUCCUUCGAGCUUUGGAUGCCGAGGGAACAGUACUGGCAAAGAAGAAGGCCUUUCCAAAGGAAGCAUUGGUUAAAGAGGUGGGAAGUGAACUCUUGGGGAAGGGCCUUAGAGCAGCAUGA